GGAACAGACAGCCAGACCGGAUCAUGUGACGGCAAUAGUUUCUAAACGACAAAACCCGGAGAGACACACGCAGAGAGACACGAUCACACGCAAACACACACACACACACGCAAACACACACACGCGCAGCCAGCGAGCGAGCGGGAGAGUUUCGUAACUUGGGGAAGUUUUGUGGAGCAAUCGCCCGAGCGGACCGCUCAGCUUCGGCUCUCUUUUCGGAUGUCAGUGACGCCGCGGAGCGCCGAUCGUCGCCUGCGAGCUGCUUUCUGACCCGCAGCGGAACUAUCUUCUCUCUCUCUCUCUCCUGGAAACAGACCCGCACUCUCCGUCCCAGCAAAGCCUGGCCUGUGCAGCCAUGCUGAUGUAUGACUUCCCUCUGAAGACAGACAUGGAGACGUCAUUCUACUCUUCGUUAGUGAAAACCACGGAGCCUUACGGGGUGAUCUUCUCCCACCCCGCCCACAUCUACCACCCAGCGCACAUGCCCGCCUUCCACCACGCGCCCCUCCACCACGCGCACACGCAGCUGGAGCCCGUGGACCUGUCGGUCAGCAAGCGCUCCUCCACCACCUCCUCCCCGCCCUGCUCCUCCUCCUCCGCCUCCUCCUCCCCGGCCUCCUCGCGGAGCUCCCCUCCCUCCCCCUACAGCGCGGUGAGCCGCUCCUCCCCCCGCUGCACCACCCCGCACGCCCAGCCGCGCUCCUCGCCAUCGCACGCUCUCCCGCCGGCCACGAGCUCCCUCCCAUACCCCCCCAUGGUGACCCGGCUGAUCUCCUCGGGGUCCGGAGUCAUCCAGGAGUCGGGGGUCAUGAUGUCUCCCAUCAUGUUGCCCAUCCUCUACCCCCCGCCACUGCACCUGCACCCUGGUGGUGCAAUAAUGGUGAGCUCACCCGUCACCGCCGACGACCAUCAUCAUCAUCAUCGGAGCAGGGAGCACAAGACAGUUCACUGCGGCGACCUGCACAAGCCAAUCAAAACGGAGCCCCGCUCUGAGCUCGCUCACGACCUCAACGGCGGCCACGAGAUGAAGUCGUCCGUCAUCAGGAUACCACACGAACACGGGGGCAACAACCCGUCCGUCAUUGUGCACUCGGGCGCCAAGCAUCCGCCCCCCGUCGAGUCCCCGGACACGCUGAAGAAGCGACGAAUCCACCGCUGCGACUUCAACGGCUGCAACAAAGUGUACACCAAGAGCUCCCACCUCAAAGCGCACCGCAGGACGCACACCGGGGAGAAGCCCUACAAGUGCAUGUGGGAAGGUUGCACGUGGAAGUUCGCCCGUUCGGACGAGCUGACGAGACACUUCCGGAAGCACACGGGGGUGAAGCCGUUCCAAUGUCCCGACUGCGAGCGCAGCUUCUCUCGCUCCGACCACCUGGCUCUACACAAGAAGCGCCACCUUCUGGUGUGAACCCCACCUCCGCGAGGAGAACGGGGGGGGGGGCGGGGGUCAGAUGGAGUUUUAAUGUCGGACUGUACCACUUGACUUGGGUUUUUUUUUCUUUCGCGUCUUACGCGUUGGUCUCCGACAGGGUGGGGGGGUUACUGUGGGACGUUCCUCAGGGUGCAAGUUCUAGACCCCUUUGCCUCAUUGACCCCGAAGGUUGGCCGGUGUUAUUGUAUUUAUCACGUGGCCAUCACACACAGACCUGCGGAUGUAUCUUCCCCUUGGUUUGAUUUAUUUUAAAGUAACAGAGCACGGACCCGCUGUAGAAGGCCAAGACACUUUAAUAGAGAAGAGAGACCGCUGCACAUCAGCUGGCCUGAGAUGCAGCGCCUCCCAGUGGCCGGAGAACCGAACUGCACCAACAUCAACUCUGCCCCAGCCUCACACAGCACGCUCAGGCUUCGUCAUCAACUCUAUUUUCUCUGCACUCAGUAGAUUGUGGACUCACACGCAGGUUGUUUGCUACCUAGGCUAAUCUAAUGUGAAACUCCAGAAUGUAUCAUAGCUCACCUACUGUGCAUCGUGCCAUACACACAGCUUUACCUGUGACAUCUCGCUAAGGCUGGGUCCACCUUCAUGGACCACCACAUCCAAACCGCACGCACCUGAUCUGCCUCUGUAAGCUGUACAUUAUGAAAGGACGUAAAAAAAUGUUAAGCCAAAAGUUUGGUUGGUUCGUUUAGUUUUUUCUGAUUUGGGUUGAAAAGAAAAGUAGGACCUGGGUCUCGUUCAUUGUCGGAGUGAAGUGUUUUUUAUGUUUUCAUUCAGAAAUGUGAACGUUGCUGCACAGGGGCAUUAUUGUUAGCAAGGAAAAGACACCACUUGGUUGGUAUAAGGUUAGAAGCAAUUAUAGGUCUUAUAUCAAGUUUAUAAUGGUAGCCUUUUUUAUUGGAAAUGCAAGGGGGGGGAAUUUUAUCACACAUAAUGUCUAAAGAUGUAUAACAUUGAAUUGAACCGUUUUCUUAAGAGGAGGGGAGUCAUAAGAUAUAUUCUACUAAACCGUCACCUUUUUAGAGCACAACAUUUGCAGCACAAAAAGAAAAUAUUUCUGCUCAAUGCAUCUUUGUACAUGUCUCCAAUGUGCACUUUAUAUAUAUAUAAAGUAUCAGACCCUGUAUACACAUUCAGAACGUAACAAUAUUCCCAAAGCAAAACAUUUUCUAACCAGAUUUUCUAUCUGCCUGCUGGUCAGUUUGAUCAGAAAUAUUUAACUUAAAGUCUUGGUUUGUUAUUUUCUGAUCAUAUAAUACAGAAGAUGUGAUCAUUUUUUUAGGUUAAUAAACACACACGCACACCGAAUGUAGUGGCUGUACUGAUCUGCAUUUUGCCCCUGGAUCUUCUACGCGGUUUUUACUUUGUUUUUUGUAUUUCUGAAAAUAUAAGUUGUAAUAUAUAUAUAUAUAUAUUUUAUAAUUGAUUAUUAGACCGAAAGGGCAAUUAAAGGUUUUUAUUAAGCAUGAUUUUGAUACUCCCAUAACAAUGGAUAUACAUUUCUAUAACUUUGUCUAUGAUAAACCCAAUAAAACUUUUAAUCUAAUUGUUGGCAAUUCAAAGGGAACAUGUUAAACUGUGAACAUAUAUCUGUACAUGUUUAUAUGAAAUUUUAGCAUUUAUUUUAAGAAAAAAUAUUCAUACCACUUAAUAAACUUAUUGAUGAUACUUGCAGAAUGAAGGGCCGUGUCUUAAAUUAUUCGUGUUUUUUUACUGUAUGUUGUGUCUUUAACUUUAACCUUUGCAGCUGUAAUAUUCCAAAUUUCCCUGUUGCGGGACUAAUAAAGGAUUACUGGUUUUGUCUUACUUAAAAUAUGACUAUUUCGGCGGAAAAGAUCCUUGGUCAACAUCUUGGCAUACUUCAUCGGUUUAAAAACCCACAGGCUACAUGUCCACCUUUAUAAUAUUAUUGGAA